CCCUCCGUCCCAAUUUAUGUGAUAUAGUUUGACUCGGUACGGAGUUUAAGAAAUAUGUGAAGACUUUGUAAUGUUCCAAAACUACCCGUAAGAAGAGUACACCUUUAUGGACUUUUUGUCAAAUAAGUGUGAACCAUCAAAGGUAAAAUGAUAGUGUCAUCAAAUAUUUGCUAAAUAAGGAAAUGCAUCAUUCUUUUCGGGACUUACACAAAAAGGAAAGUGUGUUAUAUAAAUUGGGAUGAAGGGAGUAAAAGUUGAUGAAAUUGAUAUUUGGUCUCUGUUGGUGCAGUUCCUAAAUCAACAACUGGCCAUAGCUUCUGAUGGAAGUGACAGACCGAAAGAUCAAAAGACACUCCGUAGACUUGCUCAAAAUCGCGAAGCCGCUCGAAAAAGCCGUCUAAGGAAAAAGGCAUAUGUUCAACAGUUAGAGAGCAGCAGGAUGAAGUUGACACAACUAGAACAGGAGCUUCAACGGGCCCGGCAACAGGGAAUAUUUAUUUCAGGUUCAGGAGAUCAAUCACAGUCGAUGAGUGGAAAUGGUAUGCUCAUCUUCUGCAUUCAAACUUCUAUCGUAGAAGUUUUUCACUUCUUUUGUGUUGGAUAAUCUAUAUGACUGAUUUUUCAAAAAUAUGAACAAAACAUUAUGGCUGAGUAACUAUCUGAUAUCGCCAAGUACAAGUAGAUUAAUGGUGAAAUUGGUGUGUGGAACCUAGACUAUAAUGCCCUCUAAGUAGUUUAUUGGUGA